AUGAGCAGGGAGAACGGGAGCCUGCAUGGCGGGAACUGGAACCGGUCCCGGGCGGACCGGGAACUCUUCUCCAACCUGGAGGACAUCGACGUGACGGCGGACGGGACUCCCGCGCUGCGCGCGCUCGUGUGCGCGGUUUACGCGGCCGUUUGCGCCGCGGGGCUGGCGGGAAACCUGCUCGUGCUCUUCUUCAUCCGGGUCCGGCACGAGCGGCGCCAGUCGCGCGUGAACCUGUUCGUGCUGCACCUGGCCGUCACGGACCUGCAGUUCGUGCUGACUCUGCCCUUCUGGGCCGCGGACACCGCGCUGGACUUCAGCUGGCCGUUCGGGGCCGCCAUGUGCAAGAUCGUGCUCUCGGUCACCGUCAUGAACAUGUACGCCAGCGUGUUCUUCCUCACGGCCAUGAGCGUGACCCGCUACUGCGCGCUGGCCUCCGCGCUGGACACCAGCGGCGCGGAGCGGCGGCGCGCGUGCUCCGGGAAGUGGGUGUGCGCGAGCGUGUGGACGCUCGCGACCGUGUUCACGGCGCCCACGGCCGUGUUCUCCACGGUGAGCAGCGUGUCCGGGGAGAAGCUGUGCCUGCUCCGGUUCCCCGGGGGCCAGUACUGGCUGGCGGUCUACCACAUCCAGAAGAUGGUGGUGGGCUUCGUGCUGCCGCUGUGCGUGGUGUCGGUCAGUUAUUUCCUGCUGCUGCGGUUCGUCCGUAAACGCACCAUGAAGAGCCGAAACCCGCGCAGGAGCUCGCGGGUCACGCGCUCCAUCACCAUCGUGAUGCUGUCCUUCUUCCUCUGCUGGAUGCCCAACCACGCCGUCACGCUGUGGAGCGUGCUGGUGAAGCUCAACGUGGUGAACUGGGACCGCGCGUACUACCUCGCGCACACCUACGUGUUCCCGCUCACCGUGUGCCUCGCGCACACCAACAGCUGCCUGAACCCGGUCAUCUACUGCCUCAUGCGCAAGGAGUUCCGGGACAAGCUGCGGGGUCUGGUGCACAGAGGCUGA